AUGAACUCUCACGCUACUCACAACCACGGCAGUAUCUCUUCCAGAACCACCCAGACUUCGUCGGUUUUCUCUGCAGAGGAAGACGACUACGACGCAAGAAUCAAAGAGAUCGAGGCAUACUAUAUCCGCACUUUGCUGGACGAAGAGCUGCCAGCGCUGCCCCAUGAGUACAGUAAACAGCGCCAGGCGCCUCCAGCGGUUGCUGCCGUCAACACCUACGACCUGGAGAAACUUCGGCUAGCAUUUGCCUCGUCCCAGCAGCAGCUAGAGGUCGAGAUUAAUCCACACUACAUGCCUGCAACCGGAGUGUUGCCGCUCACCAGUGAGAACUUGAAGCUUUUACAGAACCCCAAACUGGCGCCUCAACGACCAGAAUGCUUGGCGCCAGCACCAGAACCCACGCCAUCAGCAUCAGCACCAGUGAAUUCCAACACUACCUCUACGAAUACCUCUCAACAGAAUGAAGGCCACGAAAAAUGCAACAAGGUACUUUACAAGACGGAGCUUUGCGAGUCCUUUUCCACUAAGGGCCUCUGCAAAUAUGGGCCCAAUUGCCAGUUUGCACAUGGACUUCAGGAACUGAAGUUUAAAGAACGCAACAACAAAUUUAGAACAAAACCUUGUGCCAACUGGAUGAGAACCGGUUCUUGCCCAUACGGCCAAAGAUGCUGCUUUAAGCACGGCAACGACAGCGAUAUUAAAGUGUACUUGCGGGCAGGUCACAAUCAAGAAAAUAUGUCGCGUAGAAACCAUCACGCCAACGUUCAAGUACUGCAAAGAAUGGCCUGGUAA